AUGGAUAGGAGUUGGAUUCAUAGAUCACGAGAUCGUAUAUUCCGUGCGGGUGAUCAAUAUGAAGCUGGUGUAAAUGGUUUCCUGGACUUUGCUUUUUCCACAGUACCCAUAGGGGAGAAGAUUUCAUGCCCGUGUAUAAUUUGCAUUAAUCGACGACUGGGAACACGAGAUGAAGUGUUUGAGCACUUGAUAGUUGAUGGAAUUAUGGCUGGCUAUACGGUGUGGAGUUCCCAUGGGGAAGUUAUACCUUCAAAUACCACAAUAAUAGAAAACAUUGUGGUUGAUGAAGAAGAUGAAGAAGAUGAAGAGAUUGUUAACAUAAAUGACAUACUUCAAGAUGUGUUUCCUGGUGAAGCCUUUGAAGGAGCUGGUGGUAGUAGCACAAGUGGACACAUAGAGGGAAUAGGAAAUGAGUCAGAAAAAUUGGAUAGAUUGAUGCAAGAAGCAGAGAAGGCAUUGUAUCCAGAAUGCAACGAGUUCACAAAAUUGUCAUUUACUGUUGCACUAUAUCACAUAAAGUGCCUAUGCAGUUGGAGUGACAAGUCCUUCUCUAUGUUGUUGGAUUUAUUGAAGAAAGCACUACCACAAAAUAAUACCUUGCCGAAUUCUUUAUAUGAAGCAAAGAAGAUGCUUAAAGAUUUGGGACUCAGUUACAACAAGAUCGAUGCAUGCCCUAACGAUUGUAUGCUAUAUUGGAAGGAUGCAUCUAAUGAAAAGUCUUGUCUCAAAUGUGGGGCAUCAAGAUAUUCACCCAAAUCCAAAGCUCCAGCAAAAACAUUACGCCACUUUCCUCUGAUACCAAGGCCUCAAAGAUUAUAUAAGUCAUCAGUAACAUCAUCUGAAAUGAGAUGGCAUAAAGAUGGACGUAUGGAUGAUGGAAAAAUACGUCAUCCUGCAGAUGCAGAAGCAUGGAAGGAUUUUGACAGACUGCAUCCAACUUUUAGUGCGGAUCCCUGA